AUGACGUCGAGUGACGUAAGGUGAUUCGGUGCGAUUAAAACAUUUGCAUUUGGUGUCUUUAGUCUUUACUACGUUCGCAGUGGCCGAACGCGAUGACCCGGCUGGUCCUCGACUUCCUGAUUUGCGCUUUCGUGACAGCGAGCUUCGUGGACACGUACAGAUACAAUGAUUAUGCCGUACCACAACGAGACGAAAAUGAUAUGCAAAAAUUGCUGCAUAUACUAGAUGUUAAUGAAUAUAACAAGGAGAAACGUAGGAACAUUGAAGAUGAACUUGAGAAUUGGCACAAGCAUUGGAUGCCUGACAGGCCAGACGAUCCACCGCCCAAGAAUCAGCAACAAUAUGAAUACAAAUCUGUAACGGAGCCACCUCACGAGAUGUAUUGGCCUGGACGUUGGAUGCCUGACAGGCCAGGCGAUCCGAAACCACCGCCCAAGGUGUUGCCAAAGAAUCGCCAACAAUACGAACACGAAUCUGUAACAGAGUCAUCUCAGGAGACGCUUUGGCCUGGACGUUGGAUGCCUGACAGACCGGACGAUCCGAAACCGCCGCCCAAAGUGUUUCCGAAGAAUCAGCAACGAUAUGAAUACGAUACUAUAGUAGACUUUCCUCUCGAGAUGCACAUGGGUCAUGUGUCACCAGAAUGCGACGAUGCUAAGACCAACUUGACUAUUGAUUGGGAUCAUACCCCAUCAGAAUACACGUGUUACGGUCAUGAUAUCAUGCCGAGUAAGAUUGCACCAAGGAUCUAUUGUGAGAACAUCCCGAGGGCAUAUAAGGCUGCGCAUAAAUGUAUGAACCAACGAAUUGAAUACGACGUCGAUAUUCCUUUUUAUGGUCCGCAUAGACCUUUGUGGCCAGUUUACGGAGAAUACAAGUACGUGCCCAAACAGAGGUGGCUGCAUAGUCUCGAGCAUGGUGCGAUCGUCAUGUUGUAUCACCCGUGCGCAAAUCCGCUAGAAGUAGAACGUUUAAAAAAUCUCGUCAGCAAAUGUCUUUGGCGACACAUCAUCACGCCAUACAGUUAUCUGGAUGAAGAACGACCCUUGGCGCUUCUAUCUUGGGGAUGCAGAUUGACCAUGUCUUACGUGAAUCCCACAGUGGUGAGGCGUUUUAUACAGACAAGGGCCCUUCGCGGUCCGGAAAAGAAUGCUGACGAUGGUCAAUUCGAGGACGGACUGCUGAGUCGAUCAAGCAUAGUGACAGACGAAGUCGAUUCCGUUCUUUGUCCUAAUAUAUAAACGAAUGUACAUAAUAAUACAAGUAGCGUGAUAUCUCCUAGCAUUUACAAAACUCGUAAUUUACAUUCAUAUUUUGUACAUAUUAUUUAAAUGCGUCUAGAGUUCUCGUCUAUUUUUUUUUUAUUAUGUGUAACGUUUAGUCAGCGUGAAAUUUUAUUUAUUUGCGAUUUCAAAGCUAUUCAGUAAUAAGCGAGCCUGUUUCCUACAUAGCUUGUAAAUCUUACAAAAUAUUAUCUACAAUAAAUCCAUAUGCAGAUAAA